AUGUUUUCAACCGCGCGCAAAUCGGUCUUGCGGCAAGCUCGAACACAGCUCCGAUUGUCGCAACCUACCGCACUCCCCCAGUACUCUGCCCUCCGCCGGUUACUGUCGACAUUGGCAGUGCUCGACCAAAGAGACGGGAAGCUCAAUAUCGCAUCGCUAGCUGCGGUUACAGCUGGAACAAAACUCGGAGGCUCAGUAACCGCCUUCGUCGCCGGAAGUGGGGUAAAGUCGGUGGCAGACGAGGUAGCGAAGGUCAAAGGCGUCGAGAAGAUAAUAUACGUCGACAAUGAUGCAUAUGAUAAGGGUCUUCCCGAGAACUACGCGCCGCUGGUCGUCGAAAACAUCAAGAAGGGGGGCUACACACACAUCGUCACAGGGCACUCUGCUUUCGGGAAGAACCUGAUGCCACGGGUUGCUGCUCUUUUGGAUACCCAGCAGAUCUCAGAUAUCACUGGCAUUGAGAGCGAGGACAGCAAGUCAACCACAUUCAUUCGACCGAUAUACGCCGGCAACGCCAUUCUAACCGUUCAAUCGUCCGACAGCACGAAGGUGAUAACCGUACGAGGGACCGCUUUUCCUGCUCCCGAAACCGAAGGUGGCUCCGCGAGCAUAGCAGAAGGUGUAGACCCCAAGGUUGAAUGCCCAACAGAAUGGGUGUCGGAAGACCUAGCCAAGUCUGACCGACCCGAUCUUGGCUCAGCAGACAAAGUGGUAUCAGGAGGACGAGGCCUGAAGUCGAAGGAGGAGUUCGACAGGCUCAUGCCGCCCCUAGCUGACGCUCUCGGCGCCGCUAUCGGAGCUUCACGAGCUGCGGUCGACAGCGGCUUUGCGGACAACAGUCUGCAAGUUGGCCAGACCGGAAAGAAUGUCGCCCCGCAGCUCUACCUCUGCGCUGGAAUAUCCGGAGCCAUCCAGCAUUUGGCCGGCAUGAAGGACAGCAAGGUCAUUGCGGCCAUCAACAAGGACCCCGAAGCACCCAUUUUCCAAGUCGCAGACGUCGGGCUGGUUGGCGAUCUCUUUGAGAAAGUGCCAGAACUGACUGAGAAGCUCAAGACGCAAUAG